CAAUAGACACAAUGUUCCGCAAUACACCAUUGGCCAAUACACCAACCUUUAAGCUUAUAUUAGGCUUUGGUCUGUGUACGCUAGGUGGUGCUAUGUUAUAUGCCUACUUUAAGCAACGUGACGAAGAUGAUGAAGAUCAAAAACAGGACACAACAAGAAAUCAUUCACAAAAGCCCAAAGCCAUUAGCCGACAAAGUUCACAAACAGCAUCGAAACAGGCACAAAAAGAAGUGAAACUUGAAUUUAAAAUAUCCAAUGAACAUGUGCCGCUAAUAGCGGGAAGGCAGGGAGCCAAUUUGAAAUCCAUACAGGAUAGGACACAGACAACUAUACAUUUUCGCGACAAAGAUGAUACCCAUAAACUAUGUGAAAUAACUGGCCAUCCGGACAAUGUUAAGGAAGCUCGUUCCAUACUACUGAAAGAAAUCGAACGUUCGCCAAUUGUCAAAGAAGAAAUCUAUGUACCACAAAGUGUUUGUGGCAAAAUUAUGGGCCGUUGUGGUGAAGCAAUGCAAGAAAUAUGUCGCAUCUCCUUGGCCAAGGUUUCCGUUGAUGCCGGAGUACGUAGUGCCAAUACGAGACGUAUUACGAUUACCGGUAAUCGCCAACAAGUUAAUAUUGCACGCAAAAUGAUUGAAGAUAAAAUCGAAGAAGAUGAAAAUUUACGUCGUGCCGUUGAAGAAGUCGAACAAAAACGUGAACCCAGACGUUCACCGGCAAACAGUGUCAAUUCCAGCAUGUAUUCAUCGCAAACGUCAUUAAGUUCGCAUUUGCCACCGCGUGAAAAAUUGAUGGCCGCUCGUAAUGAUGAAAAACCCAUGGAGGUAUAUGUAUCGGCUAUUGCCUCGCCAGCAAAGUUUUGGGUACAACUCAUUGGACCGCAAACAAAGAAAUUGGAUGAUUUGGUAGCCAAUAUGACAGCGUACUAUAGUAAUGCUGAAAAUCGUGCCAUGCACCAGAUCCAUGAACCAUAUUUGGGGCAGAUUGUGGCAACGGUUUUUAAACAUGACAAUAAAUGGUAUCGAGCUGAAGUCGUUGGCAUCCUGCCCAAUCAAUAUAAUCCCAAUGAGGUUGUAUUGGAUUUGUAUUUUGUUGACUAUGGCGAUAGUGAAUAUGUAUUACCUCAUGAAAUAUUUGAAUUGCGUACAGAUUUUCUUACAUUAAGAUUCCAAGCUGUUGAAUGUUUUUUGGCUAACGUGAAGUCGACAUUAAUCAGUGAUCCACAAACAUGGGAACCUCAAUCCAUUGAAUUUUUCGAAGAUUUCACACAAGUUGCCCGUUGGAAGAAGUUAAUCUCACGUGUUGUUACAUAUAAGGAUCGUGUUAAAACGCUAACUGGCAAUGCAGCUGCACGUGAAGGAUCGCCCAUACCUGGUGUUGAACUAUACGAUAUACAAGAGGGCAUUGAAAUAAAUUUGGGUCACAUGAUGAUUUCCCAUGGCUAUGCUCUGCCCAUCAGCGAAGAUUAUCCCCGUGCCCUAUCGCCAUAUACCGCAAGUCUUAGCAAUUCAAAUGAUGCCUUGACGAACUCAUCCACAACAUCAUCGUCCAUAAUGAAACCACAAUCACCACAGCCACCUUUAUCGCCAGCCUACUCAAAUGAUGCCGAUUCGGCCGAAGAUGCUCUAAUCGAAGAACAAUUGAAGCAUUUGAAAUCCGCCACACCGUUCAAUAAAUAUGUAAAUGGCAGCAAUAAUAUAGCAGUAACAAAAAUGACACCCUCCGAAUUCUUUAAUGGUGGCGGUCAAACAACCAACAGUGCACCAAUUACGAAGGCCACAAAUGGCCAUCACAAUAACAUGGAUGCAUCAACAGCGUCAACGUUAUAUACCAAUGGCAAUCCUCAACGAUAA